AUUCCGUCUGGAGGAGAAAACUGAAAAGCGUAAGGCUCUCGGGAAGAGCAAGACCUCUUGCCUACGACCCCGACCGCCCGAGCUGCGCCCCGCAGAGGUCCCUCAAACGCUUCCCACGGCCCGCGGAGGCUUCGCAGUGCAUGCUGGGGCUUGUAGUUCUGGUUCUGGCGUGCGAGGUCCUGCCCGCGCACAACCCACCGCGAGCCACUUCCUCUCCCGGCCGUGGGGCAGUCGCUCCCGGAAGCUGAGCAAGUUAAAGUUUAAACGCUUCAUUUCCUGGCCUCUUAGUCCCGCAGACUGCUAAAACCAAGUAGCCAGUACGUGGCCCGUAUGGCGCUUCCUUUUACCUGAUUGGUUUGGAGUUUUACAGUCGCCCGGCCAAACUUGCUAGGGAUUGGUCGAGUCUUCAGUUUUGAAAAUCGUAGGUUUCGCCCGCGCUGCACCGCCUUAUUGCUGCCUCCGAGCAGUGAGCCCAGGAGACCCGGAGCCGAGGGCCUGGGCGGGCCAGGGGCUCUGCUAGGGAGGCCGCUGGACUUGGAUCGGAGCAGAACUUAGACGAGGUGAAGUCAAACAGAGUCACCAUGGGGACCACAGCGCUGGGGCCUAUUCACCUGCUGGAGCUGUGCAACCAAAAGCUCAUGGAAUUUGUCCAUAAUGUGGACAAUAAGGACUUGGUGUGGCUCCAAGAGAUCGAGGAGGAAGCUGAGCGCAUGUUCACCAGAGAAUUCAGCAAAGAGCCUGAGCUGAUGCCCAAAACACCUUCUCAGAAGAACCGACGGAAGAAGAGACGGGUUUCUUAUGUUCAGGAUGAAAACAGAGACCCCAUCCGGAAAAGGUUGUCUCGCAGAAAGACGCGGAGCAGCCAGCUGGGCUCCUGGCACCUGCGCAGCAAAGACAAAGUGGAGAAGCUGGCCACUGUGCCCGGGGAGGGCAGCUCUGUCCUGCGACGGAUGACACGUGCUGCAGCGGCAGCUGCAGCGGCGCAUAUGAAGAAAGUCUGUUCCUGGCAUCUUUUGUUCCUUUGUUUCCCCUUAGGCCACAGCUACUUGGAGAGGCUCCUGAAUGUUGAGGUGCCCCAGAAAGUCAGCCCCGAGCAGAAGGAGCCCAGUGAGGGGCCUGAGCCUGUGGAGGCAGCUGAGCCAGAGGUCCCCAAGAACAACAGUCCCCAGAGUGCCACCAAGAUCACCAUUAGCACACCUGGUUCAAGGCCUGCAGCUGGUAGCCAGGAAACGCCCUCUAAAGGGCAGCAAGAGGCCAAGACUGACCAUGCAGAUGGCCCCAAGGAGCCACCCCAAAGUGUCAGGAGGAAGCGCAGCUACAAGCAGGCGGUGAGUGAGCUGGACGAGGAGCAGCAGCUGGAGGAGGAGGAGGAGGAGCUGCAGCCCCCCAGAAACAAGACCCCUUCUCCGCCCUGCCCAGCCAGCAAGGUGGUGCGGCCCCUCCGGACCUUCCUGCACACUGUGCAGAAGAAUCAGAUGCUCAUGACCCCGAACUCGGGCCCCCGCAGCAGCGUCAUGAAGUCCUUCAUUAAGCGCAACACUCCCCUGCGCGUGGACCCCAAGUGCGGCUUCGUUGAGAAGGAGCGGCAGCGCCUGGAGAACCUGCGGCGGAAGGAGGAGGCUGAGCAGCUCCGCAGGCAGAAGGUGGAGGAGGACAAGCGGCGGUGGCUGGAGGAGGUGAAGCUGAAGCGUGAGGAGCGCCUCCGCAAGGUGCUGCAGGCCCGGGAGCGGGUAGAGCAGAUGAAGGAGGAGAAGAAGAAGCAGAUUGAGCAGAAGUUUGCUCAGAUCGAGGAGAAGACUGAGAAGGCCAAGGAGGAGCGGCUGGCUGAGGAGAAGGCCAAGAAAAAGGCAGCAGCCAAGAAGAUGGAGGAGGUAGAGGCACGCAGGAAGCAGGAGGAGGAGGCACGGAGGCUCCGGUGGCUACAGCAGGACGAGGAGGAGCGGCGGCACCAGGAGCUGCUGCAGAAGAAGAAGGAGGAGGAGCAGGAGCGGCUGCGGAAGGCGGCCGAGGCCAAGAGGCUGGCGGAGCAGCGCGAGCAGGAGCGGCAGCUGGCGGAGCAGGAGCGGCUCCAGGCCAAGAGGGAACAGCAGGAGAGGGAGAAGGCCCUGCGGCUGCAGAAGGAGCGGCUGCAGAAGGAACUUGAGGAGAAGAAGAAAAAGGAAGAGCAGCAGCGCCUGGCUGAGCAGCGGCUGCAAGAGGAGCAGCAGAAGAAAGCCAAGGAGGCUGCAGCAGCCAGUAAAGGCCUGAACACGACCAUGGACGUGCAGUCUCCAGCUUGUACCUCGUACCAAAUGACUCCACAAGGGCACAGGGCACCCCCCAAGAUCAACCCAGAUAACUAUGGGAUGGAUCUGAAUAGCGAUGACUCCACUGAUGAUGAGGCCCAACCCCGGAAGCCAAUCCCCACCUGGGCCAGAGGCACCCAGCUCAGCCAUGCCAUCAUCCACCAGUACUACCACCCCCCCAACCUUCUCGAGCUCUUUGGAGCCAUUCUGCCCCUGGACUUGGAGGACAUCUUCAAAAAGAGCAAGCCCCGCUACCACAAGCGCACCAGCUCUGCUGUCUGGAACUCGCCACCCCUGCAGGGCAGCAGGGUCCCCGGUAGCCUGGCCUACAGCCUGAAGAAGUGCUGAAGCAGGCCCCGGGCCUUCUCAGCAGCCUCAGCCCCCUGUCUGCUGUCUGUCUGCCUCUCUGUUGGUCUGGUGCCUCCUGCCCGGUGUUUUAUCUCUGAGGGGUUGGUCACGUGUAUAUAAAAGUUCUCUGUGCUGCAGGGAGAAAGUGGCCCAGGUCUGUUUGGAGGCUGCACUUGGUGGGUGGCUGGGGAAGAGCCAGGCCGCCCCACCUGGCCUGCAGGCUGCACUCUAUAAAUAGAUUGUUACAGUUCAGCUGAAUUUUAGCCACUACUGUUUGAGAGCUAGAUUAAUAAAGUCUAUUCCUUCAAGCCCGCUGUGGGUAUUCUGAAGACCACGGGCCUCGGCAGAAUGCCCUGGACGCUGGCCUGCAGCCAUGUGCCUCGGGCCACCGGACGGGAUGGAGGACCAAGGCCCUGUUCCUUUCCCCCGGGAUGUGCUUCAGGGUCACCCAGGUCCCACGCUGAGGCCGUCCCUGGACAGCCCUGAGAAGCACCGCCAUUACUUUCAUGAUGAGGCAGGUGGAGUUUCUGCUGUUUUCCUGGGGAGCACCCAGUUCAUAAAGGGGGGAUUUUUGAGUGGGGAAGACCUGGGGUUGGGGCCAGGAGAACUGGGCUCCUGACACAGCUCUGGCCCCUUACGACAGUCCCUCAGCCCCUCCACGCCACAGGCCCUGCCCUGGCUGCUCGGACUGAAAAUGUGUGUGUGAGGCUACAGUGGCUGCUUUGAUCAGGACCUCUUGGAACUCCCUUGGGACCAGUGCUUGCAAGCUGUUGAGAUGUUUCUCCAGCAAAACCAGGCAGCUGCUAAUUGAACAUUUGGUGCCAAUGGAAGCUGGCCCUGGUCUGCCCCGUAGCUGCCAGCUGAGUUCUAAAUGUUUGGCAGCUGCUUUCCCUGCUCCAGCCCUGGGAACAGGGCUUGGUGAGUUUCCCUGCUCCAGCCCUGGGAACAGGGCUUGGUGAGUUAUGAUCCUAAUAGGCCAAAUCAAGCUGCAGUUUUUAUAAAGUUGUAUUGGAAUCCACUGAACAGAUACACAUGCCUGUCUGCAGCUGCUCUGCUGAGGACAGAGUCAAGUAGUUGCUGAAGUAUUUACAAUGACCCUUUAUAGAAAGUUUGCUGACCCCUGCUUUAGGACAAAAUAAGGGCUAAAUUCAAGAGUGUUUAAGAAAUGAGGAAAUAGUGAAUACACAAUAAACUGAAGUCUAGAGGAUUCCACCCAUGCAAAGAAAAGCAUUUUAUGGUUCAUUCAAAUACAGUGUACAACUCAAAUUUGUUCGCUAUGUUCUGGAAACUUGUGUUGAGUCAGCUGGUGAGUGCGUCUUUGCCUAAAACCACAGUGUCAAAUUGCUUUUUCUGAUCAUAUUUAUGUAGCGUGUUUGAAAAAAAGUUAAUUCAGCAAAACGGUAUUGAAGGUUGCUCUGCAUCCUCACGGGCAGUUGGUGGUGUCAGUGCUUUGGUGGUAGCCCUUCUGGUAGAUGCGCAGUGGAGUUGCAUCGUGGUGGGGGUUUGCCUUUCCCUGAUGCUGACGGUGGUGGACAUCUUUUCAUGAGCUUAUUUGCCAUCUGUGUAUCUUCUUUGGUGAUGCAUGUGUUAAAUCUUCUGUUCACUUUUAAAUUGGGUUUGUUUUCUUACUGUUGAGUUUAGCAUCUUUAUGAAUUACAGAUACAAACCUGUUGUCGGAUGUGUGGUCUACAGUAUUUUCUCCUCGUCUGCAGCUUGCUUUUUCAUUCGCUUAACAAUAUUUUUCACUGAGCAAAAAUUUUAACUUUGGAAAAGUCCAGUUUCCACUUUUCAGUCCAAAACCGGAAAGUCAGCUUUCUUUUAUGUACUGUGCUCUUGGGUGUCAUGUCUAAAAAAUCUUUAUCCAGCCCCAGUUCUUGAAGAUUUUCUCCUGUAUUUUCUUCUAAAUGUUCUAUAGUUUUAUGUAUUUCAUUUAGAUUUAUGACCUAUUUUGAACUAAUUUUUUAAAUGUUUAACUUUUUUCGAUUUGUCUGUUUUAAUAGCUGUGCACAGUGAUCACCAAUUGACUGGUGCCUGCACAACCAGGGCAGAAUCUGCAAUAGCGGACUUUGUUGAUGUUUAAAUUUUUUAAAACUUUUUAUACUGAGGUACAUAGAAUAAAAGGCACAAAUCUUAAUGUGUAGCUUGAUGAAUUUUGACAUGUGUAUACAUUCAUGUAACCAUCACCCAGGUCAAGAUAUCAAACAUUCUCACUAAUUUCCCCCUCUUAAAUUUGAGUUAAUUUUUAUGAAGUGUAAGGUUUUUGUUCUUUAGUUUUUUGGGGCUGGGAGUGUCGGAUGGAUGUCCAGUUGUUCUAGAACCAUUUGCUGAAUGUCCAUUUCCACUGAAUUUCUUUUGCCUCUUUGUCAAGAAUAAUUAGCCAUGUUUGUAUAGUCUGUUUCUGGGCUUUGUGUUCUCUUCCAUUGACCUAACAAAUCAAGAUUACUGUAGCUUGUAUAUGUCUUAAAAACCAGGUAGCGUGAUUCCUCCAACUUUAUUCUUCCUUUUCAAAGUUAUUUCGGUUUUUCUGUAUGCAUUUUAGAAUCAGCUUAUCUGUACAAAGGGUCUGCUGGAACUUCAAUUAUUGAUUGCCUUAAAUAUAUAGAUAAAUUUAGGGGGAAUUCACUUAUUUAUGGUAGUGAGUCUUCUAAACCAUGGACAUGACAUGUCUCUCUGGUCAUCUACAUCUUUGGUUUCUUUUGUUGGCAUUUCGUAGUUUUGGCAUACAGAUCCUGUACAAGUUCUGUUAGAUUUAUAGCUAAAUAUUUAUUUUCUUGGAGUUAUUGUAGGUGGUACUGUUUUUCUAAUUGUGAUUUCUACUUGUUCGUUGCUGGUAGGUAGUAAUGCAGUAGAUGUUCAUGUGUUGACAUUGUAUCUUGUGAUGCAACUAAUAAGGCAGGACCUAAGGGAAAUUUAUAGCACUAAACACCUGUUUUAGGAAAAAGGUCUCAAAUCAAACCUCAUCUUCUACUUUUAAGAAAUUUUUUUAAAAAGAGCAAACUGAAAGUAUAAGCAGAAGGGAAAUAACAAAGGUAGAGCAGAAAUCUGUGACAUUGGAAAGAGAAAAAUAAUAGAGAAAAUUUAAUAAACCAAAAACUGAUUCCUUGAGAAGCUCAAAAAAAAAGAAAAAA